AUGACUUUGAAAACCUCUUCGACAACAUGUUGUAUCAUCGUCACACUCUUCUCAACCAUUGUUCUCAUCCUUCUCUUAAGUUGUGAGUUUAACCUUGCCUCUCCUUCCUCCCUGAUCCAAACCAUUCAAAACUCUCAAAAAUCCUUCUCAGCACAUCUCUUUCAAUCUCUUUCUCAACCACCAACCUCUUCUCAACAACCACAACAACAGAUUUCCACUCCCUCCAAUGUUGUGUUCUCUCCCUUCUCCAUCUUUAUGGUUCUCUCCAUGAUGCUUGUGGGAGCUCAAGGUCACACACAACUCGAAUUGGCCCAUGCCCUAACCUUGGAUUAUUAUCAACGUCAAGGUUCUCAAGUGUUUAAUUUCAAUCCUCAUGGAGAUUUUGCAACCUCAAUGAGCCAACUCAUUGACCAUUCUGUGAAUUCGAGUGAACUCUCAGUAGCGAAUGGAAUCUUUACGGAACAGUCUUUCAAACUAUCUUCUUCCUACAUGGAUACCAUUUCCAAUGAUUUUCAUUCACAAUUGAAAUCUUGUGACUUUGUUCACCAUGCAGAACCCGAGCGAAGAUCCAUCAAUCAAUGGGUUUCAAAUAGAACUAAAAAUCUCAUUAACGAUCUCAUUCCCAUUGGUGCCAUUACCGCCGACACGAAAUUAGUGCUUGUCAAUGCCAUUUACUUUUUAGGUAAAUGGAGAAUUCCAUUCGAUAAGGAAGAUUCAUUCACUGGAACUUUUAGUCAACUCAAAAAAUCACAAGAUGAUACAUCAUCCACACUCACAGUCGAAUCAGUCAAUGUCCAAUACAUGUCACGUCACCAAGUUCGAGAAUUUUUUGGUCAAAAUGAAAAAUAUAAAUGGUUGAGAAGACAAUACAGUUCUCAAGAUUUUGAAAUGCUGUUCAUAGUUCCAAAAACAAGCAUUUCUCUUUCAGAGCAAUCUGAGAAGGAAUUUGAGGAAUGGGUUUCUCAUCAAAUAUCUUUGAAUGCAUUCCCUGUCACUAAUUCUUCAGAGGGUUCUCUCACUGUGAAAACUCUUUCACAAGCUUUUGACACGAGUUCACUCAUGCUUCGACUUGUUCAAAUUCCAAAAUUCAAAAUUGAAUAUGAGAAUGAAUUAUCCAAUGUCUUGAAACAAGCUCCUUUUAACAUGACCACUUCCUUUGAGAAAUUGAAAGCCAAUUUCACAAACAUGCUUUCAAAAGUUUCCAUUUUAAGAGAAGAUCGUUUAUGGAUUGAUAAAAUCUUUCAUAAGGCCUAUUUGAAAGUGGAUGAACAAGGAACGGAGGCAGCUGCAGCUACAGCUGGAAUUAUCGUUGGAAGGACCACAAGUAUUGAUAUUGAGCCAGAAAUUGAUUUUGUUUUGGAUCGACCUUUUGCAUUUGUGUUGAGUCAUGUUCCUACGCAGAGUGUUUUGUUUAUGGGAAAGGUGAAUCAUUUGGUUUCUGUAUCUUCGAGUUGA